GGUGCAAAGACGGAUUUUGAGAUUUGUGUCUGAGACAGACUUAAUGUGUAACAUAGACAACUUCAUAAUUUUUUAAAGACAGCUUUUUUCAGUUCCGUUUUACAUUUGUUGUUAUACGUGAUCGGAUAUUCAAACAAUACAGAAGAUCUGCCAGUAACAUUGAUGGCCGAGCAAAGAGAAAAUAAGCCAUUUUUCGAAGACCUGAACGCUGAUAACGAUGAACCUGAAGUGACGGAGAUUGAAAGUGUGUGUUUCCAGUGUAUGGACGAUGGGAUAACACGAAUUUUCCUGACGAGGAUUCCUUUUUUCCGGGAAGUGAUAUUGUCAUCCUUUCACUGUGAACAUUGUGGAGCGAAAAACUCUCAAUUACAACCUGGUGUUGCUAUUCAGGAGAAAGGGGUCUCUUUUUCUGUGGAGAUCAAAGAUGAACAGGACCUUAACAGACAGAUUGUGCAGACAGAGUAUGCGACAGUGUCCAUCCCAAGCUUGGAGUUUGAGGCUCCCCCAUGCAAAGGAGUGCUGACAACUGUUGAAGGGAUUAUAAAUGCUGCUGUGACGGGAUUGUCCAUGGAUCAACCUGCACGAAUGGAACAGAUUCCAGAGAUUGCCUCUAAGAUUGGUGAUGUGAUACUGAAGCUUACCCUGUUGAAGACUUUACAGGAACCAUUUACAAUCGUGAGUCAGGUUAUAGAUGAUCCUUCAGGAAACAGCUUUAUAGAGAAUCCUUGUGCUCCGAAGACUGAUCCAAACAUGAAAAUCAGACAUUACACCAGAUCAGAUGAACAGAACAGCGCCCUCGGACUCACCAUGGAGGAAGAAGAGAAAACUGAGGCAAAAAUUGAAAAGGAUGAGGUGGUGAACUUCAACACCAACUGUCCCGAGUGUAAUUCUCCCUGUAAUACUCGCAUGAAGAUGGUCGAAAUUCCUCAUUUUAAGGAAGUAAUUAUCAUGGCCACUAACUGUGAGGCAUGUGGUAUUCGUACCAAUGAGGUGAAGAGUGCAUCUGGCAUAGAACCAAAGGGCUGCAGGAUCACACUGAAAAUCACAGAUCCAACAGAUAUGACUCGAGACGUCCUCAAGAGUGAGACAUGCAGUAUUGGAAUCCCAGAGCUGGACUUUGAUUCAGACUUUGGUACACUAGGAGGGAAGUUUACAACAAUUGAAGGGUUACUGCAGAAUGUCAAGGACCAUUUAACUGGGUCAAAUUCAUUCAUGCAAGGAGACAGUUCACAAUCAUCCCGGAGGUCUGGAUUGCAGAUAUUCUGUAAUGAACUUGACAAGAUAAUUAGUGGUGAGAAGACAAAUGUACACUUUGUCUUGGAUGAUCCGGCAGGGAACAGCUAUUUACAGAAUGUGUACGCUCCAGAUGAUGACCCAGAGUUGGAAAUCGUACACUACGAACGAAAUUAUGAACAGAAUGAAGUUCUAGGCCUCAACGACAUAAAGACAGAGAAUUACGAACAGUCAUGACAUCAUCAAACCCCCUGAGAAGUCAAUAAUGAUCUUUGGUGACGUAAAAUCACAUCAGGAAGAAUUAAAGGAUUUAAAACAGU